AUACCUCAAUCAUACUAGGGGUUUCUUCUACAGCUAAAAAGGGUUGGAGACAUUCCUUCAAAUUAAGAGUUCUCUCCACAGAAUUGAGAGGCCGAUAAGCACAAAUUUACAGUUUAAGGAAACAGGCAUAUAUAAUUAGCACUUACAGUCUUCACUACAGAUUACAGUUAGGUUACCUGUAGUUUCCUAAAAUGCAGCAGCUCAAGUCAAUUUUGAGUUCUUCCUCUUUCGGAAGCAGCUCAAAGCGAUCCAGUUACAGCCGGAACUUUGACUUGCCGGAGGACUCAACGCCGGCGACGUCAAACUCUCGCAAUUUUAAAGGCGCCGCUAUGUUACCGAUUUUCCUCAACGAUUUGCACAGAAACAACAAUAACAACAUCAACAACGACGACGACGAGGAAUUAGUUGAAAUCACGGUAGAGCUGGAUGAUAAUUCCAUUGUUCUGUGUAAUGUAAUGCCGGCUAAUUCAUCGCACAAUAAUACCAAAGCUGCAGUCGCCGACGAAGAAGUUUCUAAAACAUCCAGUGCCGGUUCCAAAAUUCGCCGGCGAUUUUCAACGGGAUCGCUGACUUCCGACGUGGAUGAUGAUCAUGUUUUUUGUACUCGGAUUAAUGAUAAUAAUGAGCAGACAAUUUUAUCGAUACGUGAAGAGAUGAAAUCGAAAUUGAAGCUAGCGAGGAAUAAAUCGAGUGCUCCACACGCGCUUGGAGGAUUGAGAUUUAUAAGCAAGAAAAGUAGUGGAGAAUUUGAAGAUAAUGUGCUAUGGGAAAAAGUUGAAGCUCGGUUCAAUGCUCUGGCUAAGGAGGGAUGGCUUGCUAGAGAAGAUUUUGGUGAAUGCAUAGGAAUGGAGGAUUCGAAAGAGUUUGCGGUGGGAGUUUUUGAUGCACUGGCGCGACGGCGGCGUCAAAAGACGGCAAAGAUAACAAAAGCUGAGCUUCAUAAUUUUUGGUUGCAGAUUUCUGAUCAAAGUUUCGACGCUCGCCUUCAGAUUUUCUUUGACAUGGCGGAUAGCAAUGGAGACGGAAGGAUUACUAGAUAUGAAGUUCAAGAGCUAAUAAUGCUGAGUGCUUCGGCAAAUAAGCUAUCCAGAUUGAAGGAACGUGCAGAAGAUUAUGCUUCUUUGAUAAUGGAGGAAUUAGACCCUGAAAAUCUUGGUUACAUUGAGUUAUGGCAAUUGGAAGCACUUCUUCUACAAAGGGACAAUUACAUGAACUACAGCAGAUCUUUAAGCACACCAAGUGUUGGAUGUAGUCAAAACUCAGGAUCCCUUAAGCCGAAAGACAUAAUAAAGAGAGCCCGCUGCACCCUCGAAUGUCUUGUACUGAAGAACUGGCAAAGAGGUUGGAUUCUAUUGCUUUGGAUGAUAACAAUGGCUGGACUUUUCACAUGGAAAUUCUUACAGUAUAGGCAAAGGGCAGCAUUCCAUGUUGUGGGAUAUUGCUUGCCAAUAGCUAAAGGUGCUGCAGAGACUCUCAAGUUAAAUAUGGCACUCAUCCUUUUACCGGUUUGUCGUAACACAUUAACUAAGCUAAGGUCUACAGGAGCCAGGUUACUUAUCCCUUUCGACGAUAACAUCAAUUUUCACCAGAUUAUUGCAUUUGCCAUAGCAGUUGGAGUAGUACUUCAUGCGGGGAACCAUUUAGCGUGUGAUUUUCCCCGUCUGGUUAACUCAUCUACAGAAAAAUUUGCACUUGUAUCGUCUCAUUUUGACAAUGUGAAGCCUAGUUAUAAAAGCCUUUUGACUGGUGUUGAAGGCAUCACAGGUAUUGGUAUGGUAAUUUUGAUGACAAUUGCUUUCACAUUAGCAUCACGACGAUUCAGGAGAAAUUUGGUGAAACUGCCACCUCCUCUCAACCGAUUAACAGGCUUUAACGCAUUUUGGUAUUCUCAUCACCUUCUCGCAAUGGUUUAUGUAUUGCUACUAAUACAUGGAAUAUUCCUGUUCUUGGACCACCAAUGGUAUCACAAAACUACAUGGAUGUACAUCUCCAUUCCAUUGCUCCUAUAUGCCGCAGAGAGGAGUUUCAGAAAAUGCAGAUCAGAAUACUAUGGCGUUAAGAUUUUUAAGGUUUCUGUACUUCCAGGAGAUGUUCUCAGUUUGAUCAUGUCAAAACCAAAUGGUUUCAAAUACAAGAGUGGACAGUACAUAUUCCUGCAGUGCCCAACAAUCUCUUCAUUCGAAUGGCAUCCAUUUUCUAUAACAUCAGCACCAGGAGAUGACUACCUCAGCAUUCACAUACGCACUGUAGGUGACUGGACAUCAGAACUUAAGAAUGUAUUCACUGAGGAUGACAGUUCAGCGUGUAUAAUUGGUCGAGCUAAGUUCAAAGAAUUUGACGAUGUUGAUCAAAGAAGUUUACCUCGAUUGCUUGUUGAUGGACCAUAUGGUGCGCCAGCACAAGACUAUCAAAAUUACGAUGUCUUACUUCUUGUAGGACUUGGAAUUGGAGCUACACCUUUUAUAAGUAUCUUGAAGGAUCUAUUGAACAAUUCAAGAACAGAAGACAAUGUGGAUUCUAGUACUGAGAUCACUUCAUCAUAUGAUAGCUGGAGAAGUGUUGCAACUUCAAGUGUGGCAUCAAGUGGAAGAAAGAAAUUACAAAGGACAAAGAAUGCAUAUUUUUAUUGGGUUACUAGAGAACCUGGAUCAUUCGAGUGGUUUAAAGGAGUCAUGAAUGAAGUUGCAGAGAUAGAUCACAAGGGUCAGAUAGAGAUGCACAAUUAUCUGACAAGCGUUUACGAUAAGGAUGACGCGAGGUCCACUCUAAUCACCAUGCUGCAGGCACUUAACCAUGCCAAACAUGGUGUUGAUAUCCUUUCUGGCACUCGGGUGAAGACACAUUUUGCAAGGCCCAAGUGGAAAGAAGUAUUCAACAUAAUAGCUUCCAAGCAUCCUUUUUCAACAGUAGGAGUCUUCUACUGUGGGACGCCUGUCUUAGCAAAGGAGUUGAAGAAGCUAUCAAAAGUAUUGACUUAUAAAACAUCCACAAGAUUUGUUUUUCACAAGGAGCUCUUUUGAAGCCAGAUAAUUUGGGUAACAAGCAAAACAUUUUUCUCUUUUCUCUUUUCUUUUUUCCUUUUUUCCAUUUCUGUAGUUAUUUGUACAAAAAAGGAAUACAUGUGACUAUAGAUAUUGAUUUAGCAAAAUGUAAAUGCAUAUAUACAGCAUACAAAUGAUUAUAGUGAGAAAGAUAUCUAUAUGUGAUUAAAGUAAUUUCAAUAUAGGAUUAUAGUGAGAAAGA